AUGGCUAGUGAUGAGAGUUUUGUAGCUCUUGUGCACUAUAGAGGGUCCAUUAAGAAGAAAACGCGAUCAGGGAUUAAGUUCACUGACAAGGACCCGCUGAGUAUUUUUCUCAAACCUUCAACAAGUUUUGCUGAGUUUAAGAGUACUAUACUACGGAGACUAGGACUGCAUGGCGUGAAACGGGUGGAGAAGUUGUUCUAUCGUAUUCUGAUCUCCGUGUUACGCGAUGAUGUGAAGUAUGAUUCAUUCAUUAUUAGCAGUGACGAAGAUAUGCAGGUGCUGUUUCAUUGUCGCCGUCAGUUUCUUGAGGUGAGGACUUCGGAGUUGUUGGCGGAACUUGUAGAUGUGGCAUCUAGUUCUAGAGGCUCGAACAGGAAUAUGCACUCCACAGGAUAUGUAGCCAGCUCUAGUGCAUUGCCUGUUGAAUCAUCGUCAGCAGUGCCGGUGUUUGCACCCGAGCCAGACUUAGUGGCUUCACCAUUAUUUGCCGUCAAUUUGAAUCGAAGUUGUGAUGCAUUAGUUGGCGAGGCUGGACCGUUGGGAGACGGUGAUUUUGCGGUGCCCAGCUCUCCUCCGUGUGUUCCGGUAAUCGGAGAGGUUGCAGCACCCGAAGGGGUUGAGGAUGCAUUGCAGGAUGAUGAUGAUGAUGAUGUGGAGCUCGCAACGAUUGCUGCAGAUGAUAGCGAGGAGGAGACUCCACGGACGACUCAACCUGCCGAUGGGGGAGCUUCUAGUUCAAGAGGCGUAUCUGAGUUUCAGGUUGGCCAGCAGUUUCAAGAUAAGGAGGAAGUUGUGCUUAGCGUGAAGACAUAUAGCAUUCGCCGUGGGGUUGAGUACAAGAUAUUGGAGUCGGAUCACCGCAAGUACUAUGGCAAGUGCAAGGAAUUCGGGAGCGGAGCUGAUGCUGCAACAUCGAUUAAGGUACUGCAGAAUGCCACGGAGGCACACUUCGAGUUCAGACCAACGUAUAGGAGGGUCUGGAUGGCCAAGCAAAAGGAUGUGGCACAAAUUUAUGGAGACUGGGAUAAUUCGUAUAAUGAGUUGCCACGAUAG